AUGUGGCUUGGGUGUGUCUCUGUGAUCGCAAGGCAGCUGGUAGCUUUUCCCACUGCUGAGGUUGCAAGGAGCUGGCUGACGGAAAAGGACACAUUACAUUUUCCAAGGCUACGGUGCAUCAUCGACGCGAAGUGCACGUUGCAAGUAAGAGUCAAAAUAUAUGCCAGCAGCCAAUACAACCAGCUGAACUUACACACAACUACUAGGCCAACAAACUUAGAGACCCAACAGGAAACAUGGAGCAACUACAAGCAACAUUGUACCUUGAAGUAUUUGGUGUGCGUCAACUCCUUGGGGGCUGUGUGCUUCAUCUCAAAGGCUUAUGGAGGAAGGAUAUCAGACAAACAGAUGGUCCUCAGAAGUGGGUUGCUUGAUCUGCUGGAAGAGGGAGACCAAGUGCUCGCUGACAGAGGAUUCCUUCUACACGAGGAGUUCUUUCUGAGGAACAUACAGCUCAUCACUCCCAGCUUCACAAAGGGAAUGAAGCAGUUGCCACAAGAGCUGGUGUGCCGAUCUCGGAGGAUUUCAUCGUCCAGAAUAAUCGUGGAACGAGCAAUUGGUCACUUAAAGAAAUGGAGAAUAAUGACUGGAACAGUGCCACACUUCUUACGUAGGGAAUACAGUGACAUUCUUGUUGUCGUAGCAGGCCUAACCAACAUGAUGCCGCCCCUGGUGAGGGAUUGA